UCCAAAAGAGAUGUAGAACCAACAACAAAAGGAACGGAGAUUAAUUCUUGCGUAACAGAUUGCAUUCAAGAAAAAUCAUGGUUAAAGUAUAACGUUGAACCAUUCGAUGAAGUUCAACUAAAAUGGGAAGCGACUUUUGCUGUGCGACGACAAAUGCUACAAAAAGAUGCCAAUUUAAAUACAAUUUUAGAAGAAUGGCCUCAGUAUAAGCAGAGUUUUGGACAUUUAAUGAUAGAACUGGAUUUUAAGAAGCUGUACCCCGAAAAGCAAAAUUUGUUAUUUGAUAAAUGGGAGAGCUUCUGCCAAGCGAUUCCACCUUUGCUAGAAAUUUACAUUAAAGAUUCAAACAGCUUAACUACUUGGAGGCAGUUUAAAGAAGGAAGCAUCAAUGCUGAUGCAAAAGACUUAGUCAUUUUUUAUCUUCUACACUCUGUCUUAAUUCCAACUGGCCGAACAUAUAGAACAUGCAAACAGACAAAAAAAAACACUUCAUCAAGUACACUAUUGCAGAUUCAAGAAAUAGUUUCUUACUGUGGGCACCGACAUGUAGUGAACUUCAGUCAAAAUUGAAAUUAAUGGUAGAUGCAAAUUAUAUGGAUAAAAGUACGAUUCAGCCAAUUAUAUGUUCCAUUGGAUUGGAUUAUUUUUAUUGCAAGGAAUAUUAUGUGUAUU